AUGUCUGUGAUAAACUCCCAGCCUUCCCCCUUUGGACACCUGACACGGGAGAGACACAUUGAAUCCGUGGCCAAGCCACUGAAGUGGGGCGAUGCCCCAGAGCUCCUGGCUGGGGAGGCAUCUCAGGGCUGCACCGGUGACGUCUUGGCUACGGGGUCAGAUUCAACACGGCUUCAGAGGCACCCCCUGCAGGUAGUCAACACAUGGGGCAUCAAGGGGUACAACUGCAGCACAGAGGCUUGGAUGGGUUAUGAAACAGCGCCCUCCAGAACGAAGUGCCAGGGUGCCCUGGAUUUACCUCUGGUGCCACCAGCCUACGGAGGGGGUCAAGGAGGAGAGCUGGGUCCCUUGCGGCACCGAGAGGCCGACACUCAUCCUGGACUGCAGUUACUGGCCGGGGCCCAAGAGCUCUGCAUCACCUCCAAGGCUGAGCGCCACGGUAAGGACCCGUUCUGAUGCCCAAGGAGACUCGAGCAGAGGGUGGGGGACUUGAAGCCCAGGGGGCAGGGCUAGUGGCCCUCCCGGCCACAUUGUCUGGCGAGAGUCUCUCCUGGACACACCCCUUCCCAAAGCCACACCCAUACUGUCUCAGUGCUUUCAACUGGCUGAGAUAGAAUAAUAGGGUAAACCUAAAGGAUCUUUGAAAUGUAGUCUUGCUGCUUGCUUGCCUAGAUGAAGAUAGGUGUGUGUGUUUGUGUAGAAACCUAUGGUUUGUGUGUGGCUGGAAUGUAUCCUUCUGUACAAAGGCAAAAGCCACGCCCAUUGCUCCACCUAUUUUUGCCUCUGGACCCACCCACUGCAGGCAUGUGGCCCCCAGGGAGGAAAUAUGGUCCUCAGAUUGAAAAAUUGAACCCUCGCCUAGAGUUAACAGUCACCGCCUGAUAGGAUGGCUUCCCUGUUUAAGCAUUCCUUUAUAGCAUAGGGUUACCAGAUGUCCCCGGUUCCCGGGGACAGUCCCCAGAUUUGCAAAUCUGUCCCCGGACAAAUUCCGUCCCCGGAAUGUCCCCAGAUUUGCAAAUCUGUCCCUGGGAAAUGUGGCAGCAGCAGCCUCAGCAGCCUGGUAGCGCAGUUGGCUCUGGCUGGCUUCAGGAGCUGCUUGCUGCCGUGGCGACUGCCAUUUUCCCUGCACCACAGCAGCAAGCAGUGAGCAGCUCCUGAAGCCAGCCAGAGCCAACUGCACUACCAGGCUGGCCCCUCCUGGGCAACGGCUGCCCGCCCGUGACUCCCGAGCCUCCCCUGAUCUGUCAAAACAAAGGGGGGAGGGGGCAGGAGAUCGGGGAAGGCUCAGGAGUUGCGGGCGGGCGGCGGGCCGUUUCCCAGUUUUUAAAAAAACUCUGCGCAUUUAUGUUUCACAGGGUGCGAAAGAAGGGCUUUGCACCUUUAUACAAUAUGCAUGUGUGCUUGGGCCCAGGGUCUUUUGCCUCACCAUCCCCACUACUGACUCCCUGUUGCUACUCAGCUUCAAAAAAGGGGGGGGGAGGUGUCCCCGGAUUCAUUGAAAAAAAUCUGGUAACCAUAUUAUAGCAGGGAUGCCAAACGGAAAUGACUAGGGCGGGGUGUUGUCUUCCUCGGUCGGCAAAUGCUCUGGGGGCGAUCCCACACGUCAGAAGGACAUUUGUCCUGCAAAGCCUAGGAUGACCUUGGCCCUGAAAAUGACUGACUUUCGGCAAUAACAGACUGGCAUUACCAGCUACAAGAAUUUGCUGAAAUGGCGCAGUUAACAAAUACCCUGAGAGGCAAUUCAAAACAAAAAUAUAUGGAAAAGUGGGAUAGAUAUAAAACAUAUGUUCAAAAAUACAGUAAAGGUUCGCUAUCCAUGCUAGCAUUUGAUUGACGUUGGAGUAAGACUGAGUUGAGGAAUAAGACUAAGAGCACAUAUUGAUAUAGGAAUGUAUUAGAUAAUAUGUAAAGAAAUAUGCAAUAUUAAGAGUACAUUCAUUUGUAAAAAAAGGAAUAUACAACGGGAAAGACAGGAAGUCUAGUGUGUUGGUAUGUACAGUGGUACCUCAGGUUACAUACGCUUCAGGUUACAUACGUUUCAGGUUACACACUCUGCUAACCUAGAAAUCGUACCUCAGGUUAAGAACUUUGCUUCAGGAUGAGAACAGAAAUUGUGCUCCGGCGGCGCAGUGGCAGCAGGAGGCCCCAUUAGCUAAAGUGGUGCUUCAGUUUAAGAACUGUUUCAGAUUAAGAAUGGACCUCCGGAACAAAUUAAGUACGUAACCAGAGGUACCACUGUAUAUGAUUUUGGGGGGGAAAUUUUGUUUUUGUUUUUUCUCUUUGUUCUUUCAUUUUUUUGUUUCAUUUUCUUUCUAGGUAUAUAAAAUUAGUAUAUAAUUUUUGUAUACCUGUUGGAAAUUAUAGUAAGUCCUGUAAUGUAAUAUGACAACAUUUACCAAUGUAAUAUAAGAAUGUUAACAAAUAAAUAAAAUGCAAAUUCGAAAAAAAGAAAAAGAAAAAAAGGAAGAUGACUGACUUCUCCUGUGUGGCAAGAGGGGUCAGAGCCCCCAGAAAGCCUGGCAAGGACCCAGAACUGCUGGUUAAUGUUUUCUAACACAUUGUGUGAGUACGAGAAUGCGAGCAAGAACCUGGCUGCGGAAUCAGGACAAAGGUCCGUUUAGUCUAGCAUUCCGGCCCAGUCUGUAACCCUGGAGAACUGCUGCCAGUCAGUGUAGGUAGUAUUGAGUUAGAUGGACCAAUGGUCUGUCUCAGCCUAAGGCGGCUUCACGGUGUCUUUGUGCCCCCUUCUUGCUGCAGGACUUGUCAGCAGCUCCCAAAGAAGAAGCUACGUCAUCAGAGGCGCGGCCGGCGAAAGGGGACUCCUGCUGUUGGCCACCGAAGGUUAA